CUCAAAAACCGGUAGCUGCUAAACUUCUCAAAAUCCUGUGAAAAUUAAUCCCUUAUUUAGUGUCCAUUGUUAGUGCAAACGAAGACAAUUUUAUGUGCGUUACAUCUCCGUAAAGCCGUGAAGCAGACGACGUAAAAUGUACGAAAUAAUAUCCUGCGCCAAGGACACCCGGCUAAAUUCGUUCCCGGCUUUGGAACCACUGGUGGCCAGCGCCCAUGUCAACAACAAUGGAAGCGUUUGCCAUUUUUUCCCCGGUUCAAAGCUGUUCCUCCGGGCCAAUAAAAACUGGGGCGUCGAAAUGCUGCGUAUCAGGGACGUCGAUGGAAAAUCAACGAUCGCCCAAGUAAAGAAAUUCACAAUGGACAACCUGUAUUGCGUGGCCUGUCCAAAAAAGGAUUGCGAGGAAAUAGCCGUGGGUUUGACGUCCGGGGCGAUCCGCUUGAUCAACUACAAGAAAUUGUCAAACACAAAGCGGUUCGACGCGGACCGUCUCACCAAUGGGGUCACAUUUAUGGAUUUCAGUUCCACGGACGAAUUCCUGGCGGCCGUCUACGAAAGUGGCUCCGUGAAUCUUUACGGAACGAAGACCAAUAACCGGAUGGCAACGAUGACGUUCGAUAAGCACACAACCAAGGUUCGUUUUCAUCCGACGAAACGGUUUCUGCUGUCGGUUGCCUCCUAUAAUGGUUCCGUCAUGCUUUACGAUACUCAGACCAAGAAAAUUGUCUUUAAUCAAACGGAAGCUCAUAGCGCACCCUGCCGGGAUAUUGCAAUGACCGACACCAAUGGGGACCUUAUUUAUUCCGUGGGUUACGAUAAUAUUAUCAACAUAUUCGACACACGUAAAAAGUUGCCAGCAACGCAAAUCUCUGCUAACUACCCAUUCGAAUCGCUGGACGUUUCCCAAUGUGGUGGGUAUUUUGCGGUGGGUAACCUGAAAGGACACAUUUACGGUUACGACAUAAGGAAUCUAGCGGAACCGUUGAAGGUUGCCAAAAUUCACGAGAGCAUAGUGAACAGCGUUUCGUUUAUUCUGAAAUCCAAUGUAGAGGAAAGAAAUCGAGUGAGUUUCGAUCCGACACAGAUUGCAAAAACUACAGAGGAGACGCUAAUGGCUAGUUCCGCGGCGACAACGGCGCUGGCCAGUGAUUCGCCCGUUCCAAACAAACCAGAUCAGGAUAGUUUCAUGGGUGAUAUUGAUAUGUUUCUACAGAGACGAGACUCGAUGGAGGUUCAGAUGGGGAGACUGAGUACCUCUUCUCGAUUGAGUACCGAAUCUCGUGGAAGUCUCAACAUGGCCGGCAAUAAUCUGAUGGGUUAUUUGGAUGAUAUAUCUGACCAUAAUUCCGACCCAGAUCAGAUGGACGAGGCGCAGGGCCAGGCAGAUGAAAGUUAUGUCAAUGUUAAUCGCCUAAUAAAGCGAACCGCUGGCAUCAAGAAACAAUCGACUGUCGAUCGAACCCAAAAGUCUGCAAUCAAUCUUGAGAACAUCCGAGAGGAACCGGACAUGGACAAUAGCCGUGCCUUGCAGGAAAUUCAAACUGAUUCGAAUGUAGAAUCUCAAAGACCCGGUAGUGCAGGUACGACGAGGUCAUCACUGCGGCGCUCUGUUGAUACUGAAGACAAAGAAAAUCAGGCCACUGGAGUGGAAUCUGUGACUACUACCAAGACAACCACCAGCAGUAUCAACGAUGAAGAAAUGCCCGAAACUGUACAGAAUGCAUUCCGAGAGCUGAAGCUGGAAAUAUCCAACCUGCGCCAGGAGUUGCGAGAAGAGAUAAAAGAACACUUCUAUCAGAAUCAGGUAGAUCGAAAAUACACGGCCAUGGCUACGCGCAGUCAGAUCUGGAUGGGCUCGUUCAAUCUGUGGCAAGAAUCGCAAAAGAGGUUGGAGAAAAUCGACGAAGUUACUCAAACCGGGUUUGGUUUGCUGCUGUCGAAUGAUGAUUUUACGCAACAGUUUAUGCGACUACAGAGAGAGAAUGAAGAGCUGAAGCGGCGAUUAGCCGAGAUGGAACAGAGGGGAGCCAAAAAGUGAUGGUAAGCGUUUUUAUGUUUAAUUGAGCUAUCUAUUGAAUACUGAUCAUGAAGCGAGAAUG